AUGCCAGCUUAUUUUUACAGUUCGGUUGGGUUACAAUUAGGCGGCAAGAUGAAAAAUGGUGUAAAAAACUUGAUUGGAUUAAUAGAUUCCGGCGUUUCAAUCUUAAAACACUGCACUAAACAACGUUUAAUCACACAAGGCCAAAUUCAUCAUGCCCAUUUUUACAAACUUGGCAUUUCUUCACAUAAACAUAUUUAUGUCAAAUUACUUAUAAUGUAUCUAGAUUUCAGAAGAUCAAAAGAAGUUGACCAAUUACUAAAAGAUUUAAAUGGGUUUGAUAUGAUUGUUUAUAACUGUUUAAUAUCUGCUAAUGUUGAUUGGGCCAAUAUCGAUAAUGCCCGGAAACUGUUUGAUGAAAUGCCUGAAAGAAAUGAAGUUUCUUGGACUGCUUUAAUUUCUGGGUAUCUGAAAUAUGGGCGGGUGGAUGAGUCUAUGGUGUUGUUUAGACUAAACCCGUUCCAGAAUGUGUAUUCUUGGACGGCUGCGAUCAGUGGGUUGUUGUCGAAUGGGAUGCAUUUGAGAUCAAUGGGAUUGUUUUUGGAGAUGUUGAGAGAUGGGGUGAUGCCUAAUAAUGUCACGUUUGUUUCCAUCGUAAGAGCGUGUGCUGAAACAAGUGAUUUUGCGUUGGGGGUUAGUGUUUUGGGUUUGAUUGUUAAACUUGGGUUUGAAGAUGAUGUUGCAGUUUGUAAUUCUUUGAUAACAUUUAGUUUGAGAUUGGGUGAAACAGAGAUGGCUAGGAGGAUUUUUGAAUGGAUGGGGACAAGAGAUGUGAUUUCUUGGACAGCGAUUUUGGAUAUGUAUGUUGAGAUGGGAGAUUUGCAAGAAGCUCGGAGGGUGUUUGAUUUGAUGCCGGAAAAAAAUGAAGUUUCUUGGAGCGCUAUGAUAUCGAGGUACAGCCAGAAAGGUUACUCAGAAGAGGCUAUCAAACUUUUUCGUCAAAUGGUUGAAAAUGGGAUUAGCCCGAAUUCAUCUUGUCUUUCUAGUGCUAUUAAUGCAUUGGGAAACCUUAAGGCGUUGCAGUCAGGCAAAAACAUACAUGCUCAUGUCACAAAAACAGGAAGGUCAAAUGAUGUUUUCGUUAGCAGUUCACUUAUUGAUCUGUAUGGUAUGUGUGGAAACUCAAAAGACGGACGUGUAGUAUUUGACACGGUUCAGAAUAAAAAUGUUGUGUGUUGGAACACAAUGAUCUGUGCAUAUAGCUCAAAUGGGCAACUAGAAGAAGCUAAGAAGUUAUUUGAUCAUAUACCCAUAAGAAGUAUUGGAUCCUGGAAUUCAAUGGUUUCAGGUUACUUAGGAAAUGAACAAUAUGAUAAGGUCUUUGAAAUUUUUAAUGAUAUGCUACUUUCUGGGCAAACACAGGAUAUAUCAACCUUUUCAAGUGUGUUGUGUGCUUGUGCAAACUUAACCUCAUUAGAGAAGGGCAAGAACCUACAUGGAAAGACCUUGAAGCUCGGGUUCCAACACGACGUUUUUGUGGGUACUGCACUUGUUGAUAUGUAUGCAAAGUCAGGUGACAUUGAGAACUCUAAACAAGUUUUCAUAAAAAUGCAGGAAAAGAACGAGGUUACUUGGACAGCCAUGAUCAAAGGGCUAGCUGAAAAUGGCUUUGCAAAAGAUAGCCUUGAACUAUUUCAAGAAAUGGAGAAAACAACUUGCAUUAAACCGAACGAGCUCAUUUUUUUAGCUAUUCUGUUUGCCUGUUCUCACUGUGGUCUUGUUAACAAAGGUCUCCAUUACUUCAACUCAAUGGAAACAUUAUACAAGAUAAAACCGAACAAAAGACACUAUACAUGUGUGGUUGACAUGUUAUCUCGAGCAGGGCGGGUGAAUGAUGCCGAAAAACUGAUCAUGUCAAUGCCAUGUGAACCAGAAGUGAGUGCAUGGGCUGCUUUGUUGAGUGGAUGCAAAACAUAUGGUGAAGAUGAGAUAGCUGAAAGAACGGCUGCAAAGAUUCAGAAACUAGCAGAGAAGACGUCGGGUGGGUAUGUUUUAUUGUCAAAUGUAUAUGCUUCUGCCAGAAAAUGGCCUGAAGUUGAGAAAACUAGAAAAUUGAUGAAUGAAAUAGGACUCAAGAAAAAUGGGGGUUGUAGUUGGAUUGAAAUAAGGAAUGAGUUCAAUCUGUUCUAUUCUCAAGAUGAAACUCACACAGCUUUUAAUGAUAUAUACGGUGUUUUAAAGCUGUUAAAGUCUAAUAUGUUGGUCCAUUUUGAUCAUAAAGUCGGCAUUAGUCUCCCUUCUAAUUAAGUUAUAGCAACAGUGAGGAUCAACGGGCUGGCAAGUGUGAUCCUCCCGUUUUCUUUUCUUUUUUUUUUUUUUUUGUCUAACAGAUUUGUUUAAUUUAUUGUAUUUGUGAAAGUAGGCUUGUUAAGUCAUGAUUUAGUGCCCAUUUAUAUGUAAACUCAUGAAUAUACUGUAAUUGUGUAGUUAG